AUCACUUCCUCUCCGCGACCUCUGACCCAGCCCGCCUUCGCCUUAUAUACUGAGAAACAGCGGCGCGCGGCCUUUUCUUAAAGUAAGAAUCAAGCGAGCACUACGUUUCGUGUCUGUAAUAGACUUAAACAAUGCGUUACGUGGCCGCUUACCUGCUUGCCACACUUGGUGGCAACUCAAGCCCUUCAGCCAAGGACAUCAAGAAAAUCCUUGAUAGUGUUGGAAUCGAAGCAGAUGACACUCGUCUCAACAAGGUCAUCAAUGAACUGAAUGGCAAAGAUAUAAAUGAUGUCAUCAAUGCAGGCCUGUCCAAACUAGCCUGUGUGCCAGCAGGUGGAGCUGUUGCUGUUUCUGCAGCUGCUGCGGGUGGAGGUGAUAAAGCAGCCGCUGCUCCAGCAGCUGCUGAGAAGAAAGAGGAAGAAAAGAAGGAAGAAUCUGAAGAGUCUGAUGAAGAUAUGGGCUUUGGACUCUUUGACUAAAUUGUUACUUCACUGUUGAUAAUAAAACUAUUUGUGAAGCCUA